CAAAAACACGGAAAAUAUUUAUCAAGCAGCUUUAAAUUGGUGCAUUUUUUUUUUCAUAAAUCAGUUUGCAUAAUACUUGAAGCUGCAAAAUUAAAAUUAGAGACUUUUUAAAAGAUAUGGCUUCAAGCUGGAAUGAUUUCACAAUCAAAUAAAGACCAGCACAUCAUAAACACUGAAAAAAAUUACAAACAGGACUUAGACUCUCCCACCAACCAAACAGCAGAAAAAUACAAGUGCAAUUACUGGCUGCUAUGUGAACUGUUAUCUACCAAAUGGUUUUCUUACAGUACUGAGAUCUUUGUCUCCAUACUGCAUGCUUUCAACAAAUGUGGUUUGCAUUUCACCCAAGAAACACAGGAUCUCCUUUUUAAUAUCUGUAUUAAAAAAGCUAAGUGUUUGACAAUAAGUUGUCUGUAGUAAAUAGCUGAAAGGAAGCAAACUGUUCAAAGUUGGAAACAAAUAAAGGUUUACAUCCCUGCAGUGGUCAAAUUCAUAUUAAACUCCUAAGUUGGAAAUCCACAGGUGCAGAAUGGAAGGGUUUUGGAGAAAGGCAAGAUGGUAGAUUGAAGUAUGAAAACUUUAAAGUGGGUGAGAACUGUGUGGGAAAUAUGAUUCUUUGAAUGUUUAUUGAAAAGAAAGGCAAUGUCUUGUAAAGACAGCACUGGGAAAAUGACAGAUUCCAUGGUGGCCUGAGAGGUCAGGAAAAGAGAAUGCAUGAUGUGCUGUGCUCAGUGAUCUCUUCAAGAAGAAAGGACUUGGAGAAAUGAUCAUGUAGAUAAAUGUGAUAAGCAGAGAAAUAGUUGAAUGUGAAUAUUUGGAAAUCAUGGCAUCCUCUCAGGUAAAAUGAAAAAACAUCAUCAUUAGCAAAAAUGGCACAACCUCUACCAGCAGAGGUAGAUAAACAAUCAUUGACCACCUGAACUGCAAGAAAAAUUUGGGGUGAAGCACACGCUGGAAAAAAAAGGAAGUUGCAAAGACCUUUUAAGAGAAUGGUUAGAAAAUGAAAAAAUAUUACUCUUUCAAAGAAGGAGAAGCAAAUAAAUGCUUCAGAACUGUAAAGGCAAUAUGAAUAAAUAGAUAAUUUUAAUUAUUUCUGAAGUGUCGAGGCAAGAUGCAAACAUUAAGAGCACAAUAUUAGAAGAUAACUUUCUCCUCCAUCACGUUUUCUUGAAAAUCAUAUUUGUGAAACAAAUCUACUCCCAUGGACACACUGAACUCCAACAUGAAGUAGCUGGUUACAAUAUAAAAAAAUAAAAAAUAAAAAAAAUAACACAUCACAUGAAGUGGAAAUUAUGAUUGAGAAAGAUAACAUAAGGCAAUGAACAACUAUGAAGGACAGAGGAAACUGUUGAAGGUGCUGGAAUCAGCCUCAGAAGCAGCCUGUUUUCUCAGAUAAUUAUCAGGCUCUGAAGAGAAGUACUCUGCACAGAGAAUCACUGGACAAGAGCAUUUACCUACAGAAGGAGCUGAGACACUCCACAAGAUUAAUUCAGUCACAUGCAGCAAAUUGUGGCUGAUGUCAGGGUUGGAAUAACCCUGGUAGAAAGCACAAUUUACCUUGGAAACAAGGAUCAUGCAUAAGUCUGGAAUCUCAGUCCCCAAAAGAAUGUGUUGCUCACAAUAAAUUGUUCAAAAGGAACAAGCAUUUAGGGAAUCUGUUUUCAAAUAGAAAUUUUUCAUGUUUUAGUUAUGGUUUUUAGCAGUGUGAUGACAGAAUGUGGGAAAAUAAGGCCGCCACUGCAAGAGAGAGUCCUGGCAUGACUCAAAAGCAAAGGACCACAACAGAGCUUAGAUAAUCAAACCUGGUGCCAGUGAAGGAACAAAGAUUUUCUUGGCAAAGAAACACUUCUCAUAGACACAGAUUUGCUCAUCUCUGUUUUGAAUAAGGAACUACAAGCACAAAGAUGGGAUGGUCAGAGCCCAUGGCUCCCACGACAAGCGCGCUGCACGGACAGGAGAGGGUGUUCUUAAAGGCAGAGAAGGAAUUAGAAGAUGCAGGCACACCUGAUGAAAAAGUAAACAGUGCUGGAGAAGAGAAUUUGACUCUCAGAAUAAAAGAGCUGGAAAAGUCAAGGGAAAAACUGAAAGGUGUUCUGGAGGACUGCGUGGAGUCAAAUUCCAUCCUGAGAAAGAGGAUGAGAGAGCUGGAGCUGUCACACCAAACACUUCUUGUGAGGAUUGAUCAACUUUGUGUGAAGCUGGGCCAGGUUGAAAAUGCCAAUCUGCGCGUUAAAGGGAAACUGCAAAGCAUUCAGGAGGACCUGAUCCACUUGGUUGAAAACCAAAAGAAGUCAGAGAAGAAGAACAAGGAAAAGUUGCGUUGGCUUCAGGAGCAGCUGAAGACAAAAGAGGAUGAAAUAAAAAGCCAGUCAGAAUAUUUUGAGCACUACAAACAAAGGCAGAGACAACAGACAGCAGUACUGAGGAAAAGGGACUGUUACCUUCAGGGUGAAGUAUCUAGGCUGGAAAAGCAAGUCCUGGAUCUUAAUGCCCAUAUUGCUCUUUUGACAUCCAAGUUAGAAGAGGGAAUGGUGCAGCACCUCCAGCAGUCAGUGUUCAGUGGGACUCAGGGCUGUAAACACCCUGGCAGGGAAGAAAUGGAAUGGAAGGCUUGUAUUGAAAAUGUGGAGCAUGAUGUGAAAAGCUACCUUAAGGCAUUAGAGCAAAACCUGAAGUUCUUGAGGGAAAAAGAAGAGAACACUAGCAGAGAACAGGCACACCUGCUGACUGAACUGCAGUGCUCUCAGAACACUGAAGACUUUCUCAGAACAAAAUUGGAAGAAUCUCACCAUCAGAUCUCUAGCUUAAAAUUAUCUGAAAUCAAACUACAGGAAAAAGUGGAAGAGCUUUUAGAUGAAAACAGAACUUUAAAAGAUCGAAGUACUAUGAAGUUGAAAAAGAAGAAAGAAAAAUACUCAGAACUUACAAGAUUGGUGGAUGGGGACAGCAGUAUUUACCUGGUAAGUCAACUGGAUGAAGUUCAGCAUCUGAAAUGGAGGGCAGUCUUGGAUUCACUCAGAAGCAGAGCUACUCAAACUCCAGUAGUGCUGCUACAUGAUAAAGAGUCUGAAACAUCAGCCUGUAAUUGUGAGGGACUAAAGCAGAUGGAGGAGCUUCCAGAAGACCUUGUACUAGUUUUGGAAUGCAAUUCUAGUGCCUUUGUGAAAGUUGCUGGUCUAGCUGAGACUGAGCAGGUCCCCCUUGGACCACAGAGGGCAAAUACUCUAAAGGAGAGUUUGAGGUGUACCCCAAGUCAUCAUGCAGCAGGACUGCUUCCCCCUUGUUCUGAGAAGUUACCCAGUGAUGAGACAAGUAAGGAAACCAAAGAUGAAGAAACUUUUUUUCUCUUGAGGGAACACACCAUAACUCCAUCAGUGAAGACAUUCCCUGCUUCUGUGGUUGAAAUCUUAAUGAGGAAGAAGCUCCCACUGACCUUGUUUGAGCCUGGGAGAUGUCACAUAACAGCUUUCACUGCUGAAAAGAAAGUGAGGAAUUUGAGUUUCUGUGAGACAAAUACUAAUCUUUGGUCUGAUGGACUUUGCAUUGUUGCAAAAGGAGGAUUUUAUGACAGAGCUACUGAAUUUCUUCAUGGGACAUUGCCUUCCACUGUGGCUGAAAUUUUCACAACAUCUCUAGAAGAAUGCAAUGUGGAAAAAGAUUGGGGAAACAAGCAAAUUCUGCCAGGAAGUGUGAGUGAGAAAAAAUGUCUGGAUAAAGAUGUGGAUGAUGAAAAGUAUCACCAAAAGGUCUUUACAGGGAGAGCUGAAAGAGAGGAAAUACAGAAUGAUGAAGCCAAACAUGAACAGGUGACCUGUGAUCUUGAGGAAAGUUCUAAAGUUUCCUACAGAAAUGAAUUAUUCAGUCCUGGGAAGCAAGGAGUGGAAGCCAGAGAGAGUCUCCAUAGCACACAGGGUGCCCAGAGUUUACCUAUUGAUUUCAAAGUCUUUCAAAAGUGUUUUGAAGGGAGUCCUGAACGAAUGGAGAAAGAAGAAAAUAUUUCAGAAAACUGCAUCCCUGAUGUGAAUAGUGAACAUAAUGGAGAAGACAUGAUUGAAAUGGAAGAGAAAGGAAAGCAGGCUCAGAAACCAACUCACCAAAUAAGCCCCUCCAGCAAUAUUGGCCUGAAAAAAAGGAAAGACCAGACCUUGAAACUCCAUGAACCAGAUAAGGAUUUCUCAUGUCAGAAAAUAGCUGCUAAAAAUGUGCAGCAUGAAUACUCUCACUUUUUUUUUUCAUCACAUGAAGAGAGAUAUCUGCUAAACUUGCUGUUGCCUCUGCAAGAGAGGCCUGUGUGCUUAAGCAAACUAUUCCAGCCAGGGAACAGUUUUUAUAGGUGUUUCUGUCCUCUAUCAACCUGGAAAGCUGGAAAUGAAUGUGAUGUGAGAAUAUCUGUACUGGAAAAAGCAGUGGCUGCGUGUUCUCAGAGGAUAUUUCUGCUGAUGCAAGAGAAUGAGAAUUAUGCCAAAAAAGUCAGUAUGUUACAACAGGAGAAUGAAAGAUAUGCCCAGAUGAUGUGUGCCCUGGAAGAGGAGAUGGAUGCAUAUUUUCAAUAUGUUUUAGCAGCAGAUGAAGCUAACAUCGUUUCAUUCCAAAACUUACUUAAUGAGAAAGAAAUUGCUGGUGGAUGUUAUGAUAACUUUACAGAAGAAAGCACCAUGACCCCAGGAACAUCUUCAGUUGCAACUUUUUCUAAGAGUCUCUCAUAUGCUGAAGAGAAAAACAGGAAUUCUGAAAAAGACUCAUGGACAUUUGCUUCAAAUAAACUUCAUGGGAGUGUUCUAUCCCUGAAUGGAAGGAAAAUGAGAUACUUCCAGCUGCUUUCUUACCUGAAAGAAGAAAGAAGCAGGUGCUUCAAAGAAAUGGCUAAAUUAUUACAAGACAAGGAGAACUGUGUAGCAAAAUAUAAUGAAUUACUGCAAGAGAGAAAGAGACAUUUACAAAGAAUAGCUCUUUCAGAAGGUGAAAAAGAAACUUUGUUGGCACAAUUGUCAGAGAUAAAGUGUGAGCAAGACAAAUACAGGGCUUUAGUUUCAGAGCUCCAAGACUGCAAAACUAACUGUUAUCAAACCAUUUCUGACUUACAGGAGGAAAAAUGUGUGCUGGAAAGAGAGAUUGACAGAAUCAAGCAAAAAACUUCAGAACAGCUCGGUGAACUUCAGAAAGCAAAUGAGAACUUUAUUUUAGAAAAUAAAAAUUUAAAAGAGUUAAUGUCUUCUUUGGGUUUCACCUAUGAAGAGCUGAGAAAAGAGAAAAGUAUAGGAACAAACAAAAAUAUAGUAAAACUAAAAGAAGAAAGUCAACAAGCUGGUCUUAAGCCAAAGAAAGUUGAAACAGCAUGUAAUGUAACACAAACCGAAGAACAGGGAGUUCUGGCUACAGAUGCUUCAGAUUAUUCCCCUGGCAAAAAGGGCAGCAUGUUUGAAAACUACAAUAUGAUGAAAGAGCAAGUCAGAAAGGUGGAAGAUCAACUAAAAAUACAGCAAAAGGAAUUAGAAAAAUCAAAAAAAGAGGCUCAGAAGUGGUACAGAGAGCUUGGUUUUGCUGAAACAAGGUAUGAAGAAACCAAAACUCGUUUGAGGCAGGCUCUCUCAGAAUUAGACCACCUUAAACAAGAAGCUGGGGACAAAAUGCGGGCAAAGCAGCACUGCAAAUUAAUGCCUGUGUACACAUUGAAGGAUGCCCAGGAAAAAGAGGUGAAUAAAAUAGCCAGUAAGAGAUUAGAGCAGCAAGUGUUGACCUUGAAAGCCCAGCUCAGGGACCAGGCUGCUUUACAAAAUCAGUUUCAUGACUUGCAGAAUGAAGUGGAACUCCUUCAGGCUCAGCUACGUGAAAAGGAGAAAGAGCUGCAGAAGAGCAAGUCUGAAGUGAAGUUGACAUUAGCUCCUCUGAAGGCUAAGCUGGCUUGCCUCACCCAAAAGUGCCAGGAAAGGAACAGCUUCAUUAGGAGGAUGCAUGAUGAAUUCCACAGGCAAGGAUUUAUUAACUCUGCAUUGGAUGAAGAGAUGAAGAGCCUGGUGAAUGACAUGACCCUGGCAGAGUACAUGGUUGCUUUUACACCAAUGUGUAAUCAAGUGAUGCUGCCUUGCUCCACAGAUGUUUCACAGGCUAAGGGACAGCCAGAGGGUCGUGUGGCAGGUGCCAAAGGGAACAGGAGGAUUGGGUCAGCAUCUGGUGACUCUCAGCCAGGGAUGGGUGGCCCCCACAGCUCUCCCCUCACCCCAAACCUGUGUGCUGCUUCUUCUGUCACAGUAGCAAGCCCAGAGAGGAUCACAGCCUUGCAUUGAGAGCUGAGAGAAAACCACCCCAAAAACUGCCAGAGAUGGGUUUACCACUUGAUUCAGUAUGUAUUAUUUAACAGUUGAGAGAGGCAUCCUGAUGUUCAAUUCAGAGAUGAGGAUGAACUAGGAUGUUGCAGUAAUUUACAGUGCAGAAUGCAAGGGAAGAAUGUAUCAGUCACACAGAAGAAGCAGUAGAGCUCUGAAGGAUGGAUAAAAUGUGGUUUGGCCUGAAGGUGACUGCAGCUGCUCCGUUAUGGGAAAAAGUGAGAAGUUGCCCUAAGUUGCCACCUGCACCAUUUCAGCCACCUGCUGUAGUGGAAGCUGGCCAUGCACACCAGCCCAAAGUGUGGUUUGAAUCUGAGUUUUGUUUUGUUUUCUUGGGAUCUCAGCAUUUGCAUUUUAAAGCAAUUACCAAGCACAAUCUCCAUCUUCAUGGGUCUGCUUAUGUGGAUAUGCAGUAUCUUCAGCCUUGUGUGGCUUUGAGCAUUCCUGAAAGAGCCUUUGAUCUGAGUUGGGAUGUUUAGUAUAUCUGAGAAUGUGGUACUUGAGGGUACAAACUGUUUAGCAAAUGAGACAGAAUGGCAUUUUUUACAAGGCUAAGUUGGAAUUGGGAAUGAUCUUCGUGUGUGCUGAGAGGCACUUGGAACAUCAAAGUGCUCUGUCCUGAUACUCUGAGUAUUUCAACCACAUGAAUAGACCACACUGAAUUUAACUUUCAGAUAAAACACUUGCAGGCACACAUGCUUCUCCUGAAAGAGGCCCUUUUGUGCACUCUGGUUGGCAGCAGCACAUAUGACACAAACACAUUUUGCAGCCGUGCUGCCCAAUACAGAUUACACACCACAACCCCCACUAUUCACCUCUGGGAGCCCCUUGGGAAGGCAGGGAGAUGUGAGUGCAGACACCAGACCUACACACCACAACCCACACUAUUCACCUCUGGGAGCCCCUUGGGAAGGCAGGGAGAUGUGAGUGCAGACACCAGAGCUGUGCCUGAGGAGUCCUGGGGGUGCCUCCAUCCAUUCUGUCACUAGAGGCACAGAGCACUAUUGAGUCAGUGGCAAUACUUGUGCUGACCUGAACGGCAGCAGCUGCUCUCAAACUCUUACACUGGGAUGCACUUUCAGUUUUGAAAACUGUUUUUUGUCUUGUAUUUCUCUUUUGCUUUUUUAACAUUGAGCUAGCUGCUAGGACGUGCUGUCUUUACAACGUGUAGUUGCCCAGUAAUUACAGAUAUCCUCUGAAAAGAAGCAGAAGAAUAAACCGUGGAAUCCCAAAUCAGAUUAAUGUAAUGUGCAUUUCUAGAUUACAAUUAGUAACAAGAUGACAUGUUGUCAUGGUAACAUGUGAAGCUUAACUACAAGUUCCUAAAAUAAAGCAAUGACAUAUGUGUAGGUUUCUAUCCAUUUGCAUACUAUCCACAUGAAAACAUACAUAAUUUCUACAACACUCAGGCAAUUAAACCCUACUUCUUUCUUCUGAAUUAAGUGUUGAACUAAAAUAUCAGGCCUCUUUCCUAGUAUUUAUGCAAAAUCUCCCACUAUCAAUUAUAAAUGUUUAUGAUGAAGUCAUCCAUUUUGUAACAUCUUAAGCUUUCUGCCUUUUGGUUUCAUUUUAGAACAAUUAGAGUAAGGAAUGUAGAGCACUCUUCACUCUUUGUGGUUUGUACCACAUUGUUCUUGAAAUUCAACUGCCUCCUCAUACAAAAAUUGUCCAACCAAUAUAGGAAAAGUCUGCUUAUUAAUUACAUUGAUAGACCAGUGGAUGUGUUUCAUGUGGCUGAGGAUUGGGAAGUAAAAGCCCAACUUUACCUCAAAUCAGUGGAAGAAAGCAGUAAACUUUUCAUAUGAGAUUGCUAGCUAAGACAGAAAGCCUAGGUAUUAUUUUCUAGUUGCCUUACAGUGAGAAGUGUUGUUGUCUACUUGUUAGUGAGUCUGAGUUUCUUUCACUAAGCAGAAGUUAACUUGUUUAACAUGCUAUCUAUGGUGGAGUUACCAGGACAUGCUUUACAUGUAUUGUCAUUUCAUGGUAAACCUUCAGAGAAUGAAAAAUUGGGCGCUUUGUUCUGAUUGCUUUCUAUGCACAACAUUGUUUUGGCCAAAUUCUUUAGUCAAAAUUAAGAUGCUGCUAAGUUCUAUGAGUAAAUGCAAUCUCCUUCUGUCACCCUAAUUAGACAAGAUGGGCAAUGUUACAUGGAAAAUAUGGUUUCUUUGGCAGUUCACUUAUUUAUGUAUACUUUACUGUACAGACCAUUGGAGGAUAUUGAAAAUAGAGAUUACAGGUUGCUCCUUAAGCGACCUUUAAAUCCCAAAUUCUGUUCUUCACACCACUAUGGUUGGCAAAUGCUGCAAGUACCAUGAUUGACUCUGGCGUGAUAAUCACGUUAUAUUCAGAAUAAUGCAGUUGCUGGGAAGUGUGUCACAUACACAGCAGAGUUCCCAGGAUAAACUGCCUGCUAAAGCAUGGCUGAUGUUUGUCCUUGUGGCCUUUUGAAAAGUGGAAAUUCUGAUUUUUGUGUUUCAUAAAUCUACCUGUAUUUCUCACUUGCAGAUGAAGGUUUUUAAUAUUUGAAUUUACUGUGGUUUUGGGGUGGAGGGAGGGACAUGUGCAGGCUGGGUUUUGCCACUAAUCCUUUGGAAAUCCUUUAGUGCCUUAAGGAGGCAGAGGGGUAACAGGCCCUAGGAUUACAGAAACUUGUUCAAACCUCUUUCCUGCUUUAGAAGAAUUCCUUUAAAAUAUAUUGUGCCUUUGGCUCUAAAUAUAUUUGCAUUAGAAAUCAGUAGCCAUGGGAUUAUGGACAGGAAUUUCUGCCCCUGUAGAAAUGUUAGGAAAGAGAGUAUACUAUUUCUUGUAUAGGAUAUAAUCUAAAAAUAUAACUAACUUAAAUUCUACAGUUGGGGUCCAUACUAAGAAAGUUGCAAGUUGCAGUUAAAGGCAGGAAAAAAAAAGAGGAAAAAAAAAAAAGGAGAAAGUUUAAAUAUACUGGACUAAAUGCUUGUAUCAUUUACUGGCAAAUUUCCACAGGGUUUCUUGGGACCAAGAUUUCAUGCUUGCUUCUACUUGGCUUAAGAAAUUCUCAGAUGUGGUAGAUAUGUGGGUAUCAUGUUCUCUUUAAUGUUGUAGGGGAGGAAAAGAGAGAUUAGUAGUUUUGGACACCUGCCUUGAUUUGGAGUUGCUGGGGUCUGUGGUAUAAAUCUCUGUUCACUAUUGUUUCUCUGUAACGUGGACUCUUGCUUUGGGAAUAUGAAUAUGCAAAUGUAAAUUCCAAUGUGAGAGGUUCCUGUGCAGUGUGCCAACCGAUGCCAAACAACUACAUUUCUCUACUCUC